AUGUCCACACGCACUUCCAGCGAUUUGAAUGCCAGUUCUUAUAACAUGAUUGUCUUUACAGUGGGCAAUGAGCUGGUGGAGGAGGCUGAACUUCUGAAAGGUCAUGCAGUACAUAUUGGUUUGGCUUACAACGAGUUACUUUUCACCUAUUCCAUGCACAAUUCGUCCUUUCAUCAUACUCAGCAAAACCAACAACUCAAGGACUCAGAACCCAAAGCAGCACCUGUCAAAGCAGAAGUCUGUGAGCAUAGGAUGAGGACAAAAAACAAUUCUGAUGUUGAAGGGAAUGCUAAGGAAAAUGAUUUAGUAUCACAAAACAUCCUGCAUCAAAAGUCUCCGUCAGGCACUUGGAUUUUGCAACUAUCAACUGGAUGUGACAGCAUGGGUUCACUGUGCCUGCCUUGGUUUCUGUUCUUUGUGGCUUGCCUGACGGUCUCUGACUUGUCAACUGCAGAAAACUUCGAUCUAGACGGUGGCAUUGACCAAGACAUAUUUGAUAUCAACGAAGAUUUGGGACUGGAUCUUUUUGAAGGAGACAUCAAACUUGAUGGGGCACAAGACAGAAAUUCCAUCAUUGGAGAAAAUUAUAGGUGGCCUCAGACUAUCCCAUAUGUCCUGGAAGAUAGCUUGGAAAUAAAUGCUAAGGGAGUUAUCCUUAAUGCAUUUGAACGCUAUCGUCUAAAAACAUGCAUUGAUUUCAAGCCUUGGGCUGGAGAAGCUAAUUAUAUAUCAGUGUUCAAGGGCAGUGGCUGCUGGUCUUCAGUGGGAAGUAAAAAUUCUGGGAAGCAAGAACUCUCCAUUGGUGAAAACUGUGACAGAAUAGGUACAGUUCAACAUGAGUUCCUCCAUGCACUGGGAUUCUGGCAUGAGCAGUCACGUUCUGACCGGGAUGACUAUGUCAGGAUUGUGUGGGACAGAAUUCUCUCAGGCAAAGAGCACAAUUUUAACACCUAUUCGGACCAAGUAUCAGAUUCCUUGAAUGUACCCUACGAUUAUACCUCAGUAAUGCACUACAGUAAAACUGCAUUUCAAAAUGGAACGGAACCCACUAUCAUAACAAGGAUUUCAGGUUUCAUGGAUGUGAUUGGCCAGCGAAUGGAUUUCAGUGAAUCUGAUCUCACUAAGCUGAGUCGACUAUAUAACUGCUCUUCUUCCUUGAGCUUCAUGGACUCCUGUGAUUUCGAACUAGAAAAUAUCUGUGGUAUGAUUCAAAGUUCAGAGGAUGAUGAUGAUUGGAAGCGACUUUCACAGGCACCCUUAGGACCUGAGAGUGAUCACUCCAACAUGGACCAGUGCAAAGACUUUGGCUUCUUCAUGCAUUUCAACAGUGGGUCUGUAAAUGUGGGUGCCAAAGCACUGCUGGAAAGUAGAAUAUUAUACCCUAAAAGAGGAUUUCAGUGCCUGCAAUUCUACUUAUAUAAUAGCAGAAAGGAACCUGACCAACUGAAUAUCUACAUCAGGGAGUAUUCUGCAAGUCAUGUGAAUGGUAGCUUAACCCUUGUGAAAGAAAUAAAAGAUAUACCCAUCGGGAGAUGGCAACUUUACCAUGUAACAUUGAAUGUGACCAAUAAAUUUAGAGUGGUACUUGAAGGACUCAGAGGCCCUGGUACAUCACUGGGUGGUCUUUCUAUCGAUGACAUCAAUCUUUCGGAGACACGGUGCCCUCAUCACAUCUGGCAUAUCAGAAAUUUCACACAGUUCAUCAGCAGCACAAAUGUAACUCUAGAAAGCCCUCCAUUUUAUUCUUCUAAAGGUUAUGCCUUUCAGGUUACAUUGGAUUUAAGCCGUGAAACUAAUGCAGGAAUAUAUUUCUCUUUGAUCUCCGGAGCCAAUGAUGAUCAAUUACAGUGGCCAUGUUCUUGGCUACAAGCCACAAUGACACUCUUGGAUCAAAAUCCUGACAUUCGACGGAGUAUGUCCAACCAGCGAAGUGUAACCACAGACCCAUUAAAGACAACUGGUAAUGGAGACUACUUUUGGGAUAAGCCUUCUAAAGUGGGACAAGUGGCUGUUUUCCCUAAUGGGACUCAGUAUAGAAGAAAUACAGGCUAUGGGACCAGUGCCUUUAUAACUUACAGCAGGCUGAGAAGCAGGGACUAUAUAAAAGGAGAUGAUGUUUAUAUCCUACUGACAGUGGAAGACAUAUCCCAUCUUAACUCCACACAAAUGCAGCCCAACCCAGUCCCAACCUCUGGAGGCAACAAAGAACUUUGCAAAGACUUAAUUUGUGAGAAUGGUGGCAUCUGCACAGUCCAAGAAGACAAAGCUGAGUGCAGGUGUCCAUCUGGGAAAGACUGGUGGUACAUAGGGGAAAAGUGUGAAAAGAGAGGCUCUACUCGUGACAUUAUCAUCAUUGCCACUUCCUCCACUGUUGCUGUGUUUGCUGUGAUGCUCAUAGUCACCCUUGUCAGUGUCUAUUGUACCAAGAAGAAAUAUAAUAAAGAGACAAGUUCAAAUUCAACAGAUACGGUUCUGGAAAAUGUGCAGGCAUUUUGA